AUUGAAAUGAAAAUGAGAGUUUCAUUGUUUUUCGGGAGUUGAGCAUGCCUAUUUAGAAAUUGACUGAACUGUUUUGAUGAACUGAGAGUUUGCAAAUUCUGAGUUUUCUGUUAAAUCCAUGGUCACAUGGAAAUUUUCGGUUUGUUCUGAAAUUCGGGAUUGAUUGUGAAAUUGGGGUUUUUCUGUAAAUCCUGCAUGGUUUUGUCUCGGAUAUAGUCAUGAUUACUGACGCCCGCUAGUGGGAGCUGUAAACGCUAGCACAUGUCGACAUGUAUUUCUGUGGAGCCGGUUCACCCUGCCGAUGGGGUUAAACAUUGGCACUAUUACUGACGCCUACCAGUGGGAGUUUGUAAACACUGGUACUCCUGAAACCCUGCCGAUGGGGUUAAACAUUGGCACUAUUACUGACGUCUGCCAGUGGGAGUUGUAAACACUGGCACUAUUACUGACGCCUGCCAGUGGGAGUUGUAAACAUUGGCACUAUUACUGACGCCUACCAGUGGGAGUUUGUAAACACUGGUACCAUUACUGACGCCUACCAGUGGGAGUUUGUAAACACUGGUACCAUUACUGACGCCUGCCAGUGGGAGUUUGUAAACAUUGGUCAUGACUUAUAAAUGAGACUACUGAACUGAGUUUUCUUCUGCAUGUAACGGUUUGUCAUGAAACGUUUUGUUAUUGAACUGAAUCUGAUUUUCGCAUUAAUGGUUUAUCAUUAAAAGUCUGUUACGCUUACAUGGUUUAUCUGGCAUGCUUCAAAGUUUUACCCAAAGGCUAUCCAUAUUUACUUACUGAGUUUAUCUCAUAGUUUUCCUUGUCCACCAUUUCAGGAAGCGAAACCGAGGACGGGGGAAAUCGAGGGGAGUGACGAGAUAGAAGGCUAGUCACCUGGAAUUUGAUAUAGAUUUUAGAUACAGAUUAUGAUCCUGUAAGCUAGAGUGUAUUUGGAGAUUUUAUGAUGUCAGAGCAGAUUGUAAAAAUUUUAUCUUGAGAUUUGGUGGUAUCAGAUUGUGAAUUGGAUAAGUUUCGAGCCUUGUACGUUCGUGGGACCUGUCUCACGAGUGCACGGCGUCUGUCGCGUCUCCGGAUUUGGGUUAUGGGGCAUGACAUUCUUAAUCUUUAAAAAAUUCAUUUUUAUAAA